CGCAUCGCGGAAGCUGAGCCUCCACCGGUACCCUGCGGUACCCUGCCGCCGCAACCGCGGCUGCCGCCUCCUCUUCCACCUCACCGCAGCCUCCUAGCAGAGGGAGCAAGUAGGCGGGAGAGCGGCGGACCGGUAAAGACCGGCGUCCGCGGCCGCAGCGGGGCCUCUCAAGACCCGAGCGGAAGGGGGGAGGAGGGCGCGGGGGCCGUAGCAGGGGCGGGGCCGAGGAUCGCCGAGUCCUCCCGAGCACCUCCGAACAUACCCGAGGUGCUAAGCCAGGCCAGAGCCGGACUACGGGAGCCGAGGCGGGCCGUGUGGUGGGCGCGGAGCAGCGCGGCAGGCCGGGCGGGCGGCAGCAGAGGAGGCCGCGGUAGCGGGUCCGAGGAGCGAAAGCGGCGCAGGCGGCGGCGGGGGGCCGGGUGUCCGGGGUCCCGGGCCCCGCGGCGGCUGCGGCGGCGGCGGCGGCGGCGGCGGCGGCAGGAUGAUCAAGCUGUUCUCGCUGAAGCAGCAGAAGAAGGAGGAGGAGUCGGCCGGCGGCACCAAGGGCAGCAGCAAGAAGGCGUCGGCGGCGCAGCUCCGGAUUCAGAAGGACAUUAACGAGCUGAACCUGCCCAAGACGUGUGACAUCAGCUUCUCAGACCCAGACGACCUCCUCAACUUCAAGCUGGUUAUCUGUCCUGAUGAAGGCUUCUACAAAAGUGGCAAGUUUGUAUUCAGCUUUAAGGUGGGACAGGGUUACCCACAUGACCCUCCCAAGGUAAAGUGUGAAACAAUGGUAUAUCAUCCCAACAUUGACCUCGAGGGCAACGUCUGCCUCAACAUCCUCAGAGAGGACUGGAAGCCAGUCCUUACGAUAAACUCCAUAAUUUAUGGCCUGCAGUAUCUCUUCUUGGAGCCCAACCCUGAGGACCCACUGAACAAGGAGGCUGCUGAGGUCCUGCAGAACAACCGGCGGCUGUUUGAACAAAACGUGCAGCGCUCCAUGAGAGGUGGUUACAUCGGGUCCACCUACUUUGAGCGCUGCCUGAAAUAGGGUUAGCAAUUACCCAUCCCUGCCAGGGUUACCGGCCCAGGCAUCCCCUGCAAAUAUUUAUUGGGGGCCCGGGUAAGGUGUGUGGGGUAGCCUUGGCCCCUGCCUUGGCCUUGCCUCUCCUCCCUGUCACCUGCCCCUAGUUAUUUUUUUUUUUUGACCACCACGUGAUUAUGGUCGGUGCUGCCUCCCCCCGACCUGCUCAGCGAUGGGAAAUGAAUUGGCUUGUUUAGCGCCCCCCCUCCCGCUGGGUGCUGUCCAACCCCCCACUCUUGACUGUGGGGUAAGUGGGCAAUGGGCCUGGGUCGCUAGGCCCAAGCAACCCACCCCACCACCACUGGAGGUCCCACCAGGCUAUUAAAGGGGAAUGUUACUGCA